GCGGGUCUACCGCUUAUAAAAUGGCCCUAGGUGCCCGAGUCCUGGCUCCACAACAAGUGCGAGGACGUAACUGGACCUUUGCGCCACUGAAGCUGUCAAACUCACUGGCGAAAAAGCGCUAGCCUCAGCAAUGGAACAGAGAUCUACAAAAAACGUACAGAUCUUCAACAAGCCCAAGAUAGAACUCCAUCUUCACCUUGACGGGGCUAUAAAACCUGAAACCAUUUUGUACUUUGCCAAAAAACGUGGAAUUAAACUGCCAGCAGACACUGCGGAAGGACUUUCGAACUACAUUGGAUAUGAAGAACCCCUUGAUCUCACUCAGUUCCUUUCAAGAUUCAAUUAUUACAUGCCAACAAUUGCUGGAGACCGGGAAGCUGUGAAAAGAAUAGCUUACGAGCUUGUGGAAAUGAAAGCAAAAGAAGGCAUUAUAUAUCUUGAAGCAAGAUACUGUCCACAUUACAUGGCCAACUGCAAUGUUGAUCCUAUUCCUUGGAACCAAAAACCAGGAGACUUAAGUCCUGAUGAAGUGGUCCACCUUGUCAAUAUGGGCUUCAAGGAAGGAGAAAAGGAUUUUAAAGUUAAAGUGAGAUCCAUUCUUUGCUGCAUGCGUCACAUGCCAGGAUGGUCUGCUGAAAUUGUACGCUUGUGCAAGAAAUACUGCAAUGAAGGUGUUGUGGCCAUGGAUUUGGCAGGCGAUGAGUUAAUCCGCGCCGAUAUCCACUCGGGCCACGGUGAAGCUUUUAUGGAAGCCUUUAACUGUGGCAUCCAUCGAACCGUACACGUUGGCGAGGUUGGACCAGCGUCACUAGUGAAAGAGGCCGUGGAUGAUUUAAAGGCUGAGAGAAUUGGUCAUGGGUACCACACGAUUAAUGACCCCAUUAUCUACAACAAUUUGUUAAAGCAAAAUAUACAUUUUGAGACCUGUCCAUGGUCUAGCAACCUUACUGGAGCAUGUGACCCAGAUUUUACAAAGCAUCCAAUUAUCAGGUUUAUGAAAGAUCGAGCAAACUAUUCCCUGAAUACCGAUGAUCCUUUGAUAUUCAAAUCUACGAUCAAUACAGAUUAUGCCAUUGCAUCAAAAUACUUUGGUUUCACAGAAGAAGAAUUCAAGAGAGUGAAUAUUAAUGCUGCCAAGUCCAGCUUUCUCCCUGCUAAAGAAAAAGAAGAACUUCUAUGCACAUUGUAUGAUGCGUAUGGAAUGGUGGAGAGCACUGAGUUUUAAUCGGACACUGCACAACAUCAUCAAUGUGAACAAAACGUUUCUCUCGAGUAACUACCUAAUUGAUGGAAUCGAAUAUUUUUUAUUUUCAGAUUUUCCAUGAUUGUCUGUUGACUGUGUAAAAUAUAUGACACUGCCUUCCUUUCAAAUAUAUGCAAACUGACCUAAAUUGCCUUUUGAUUUUAAGUAUGGUAUAAACAAGAAUAGACCAUAGGUGCAGGAGUAGGCCAUUCGGCCCUUCGAGCCGGCACUGCCAUUCACUGUGAUCAUGGCUGAUCAUCCACAAUCAGUACCCCGUUCCUGCCUUCUCCCCAUAUCCCUUGACUCCGCUUGACUCCAAAGGUGAUUCAAAUAGUGUUUUUAAGGCCCUAUGUUAUUUAGGCAAUGGCUUUACACAAUCACUUAAUGCACAAUCAUUGCGUUUUAAAUGAAAACAUUGCAAACUGUAACACCUUCUCCACAAAUGUCCCAAAGGAUCACUAAAUCAUAGAGAA